GGAACCAGUGAGCGCCCCCCCGUUUUCUGAUUCUGGUUCUGGCCUGGUCUGGUCUGGGGCCCGAUAAGAAUAUUCCCUAUUAUUACUGCCGCUUCUCCAAAAACCUGACGAACCACCCACCGGUCACGGCCAACGAACAGCGAAUAGUGACGAGCGAAGGAGAGACAAUCAGAUCAAAAGAACCACAGGCUAGAAGAAAACGGUUGUGACGCGCAGAAACAGGAGAAGAUCUAGAUCGCCACCAUGGUUACGAUUGCUAUUCUCCGACCGGCGCGCGCUGCGAGGCUCUCGCAGUGGAAUGCACCCUCCUCCUUCAAGGCCGCCGGUGCUACCUUCACCUCGCGCCGUUCCCUCUCCUCCUACCUCGUCACUCCCAAGGAGCUGAACGAGGCCCUCAAGAAGAACCCGCCCUCCAAGAUCAGCCCCGAGCCGCGCACCAUCCCGCUGUGCGCCUCCUGGUUCCUCCCCAACGAUGGUCGCACCGGCAUCGAGGUGUUCCGCCAGCAGCGGAUUCCCAAGGCCCGUUUCUUCGACCUCGACAAGGUCAUCGACCGCCACAGCGAGUACCCGCACAUGCUGCCCUCGGCCAAGGACUUCGCCGCGGCCAUGAGCGAGCUGGGUAUUCGCAAGGAGGACACGGUCGUCGUCUACGACACCAAGGAGCUGGGCAUCUUCAGCGCCCCGCGCGUCGGCUGGACCCUCAAGAUCUUUGGCCAUCCCAAGGUCCACGUCCUCAACAACUUCAAGCUCUGGGUCGAAGAGGGCCUGCCCACCGAGUCGGGCGAGCUCUACAACGUCGAGUGCUAUACCUACCCGAUCCCCAAGGUGGACGAAUCCAAGGUCGUCGACUUUGAGGAGGUGCGCGAGAUCGCGCUGGACCACAACAAGGAGGGCGCCGAGGGUGUGCAGAUUAUCGACGCCCGCUCGCCCGGCCGCUUCACCGGCAAGGACCCGGAGCCGAGACCCGGUCUGUCCUCCGGCCACAUGCCGGGCUCCAUCAACAUCCCCUUCAAUGCAGUUCUGGACCCCGAGACCAAGGCCUUCUACCCGGCCGAGAAGCUGAGGCAGAUCUUCCAGGAGAGGGGCGUCGACCCCGAGAAGCCCAUCAUCUCAAGUUGCGGAACUGGCGUCACCGCCUGUGUUAUCGAGACGGCUCUCGAGGAGGCCGGAUGGGGCUCGCCCGAAAAGCGCAGAGUCUACGACGGAAGCUGGACUGAGUGGGCGCAGCGGGUCAAGCCCUCGGAUUCGUUGAUCAGAAAGGACGAGUAGGCGAUUGUGAGCGAGAAGAGUGCAGCGUCGAGUUGCUUCUAGUUGCGAUACCCUCACCACCCCACUUCUGGUUUUUCUCUGGUUUUCAUUGUACGAUAUCCGGCACAUCUCACAGCUUUGGAGUUUGCAUUGCGCAUCGGGGGGAGGUCCGUCAGCCUGUUUCGUCGUUUGGGGAAGAGGGAAUGGGAGAAGGAAGCAAGGAGGGUGGCAGGUGUAUAUAUGCCACGGUAAUUGAAUCACGAUAAUGGACACUGGACAAUGAUGACGAA